UGAUUGAUUGACAGUUAAAAAAAAAAAACAUUCUUUUGCCCAUUUCUUGGUUUUCCUGAAUCGAAAAAUCAAGAUCGAGAUCGAGAGAGAAUGGGAUCGUCUACAACAAAAAUGGCAUGGAUCUUUCUCUUCUUUGCAGUCGUAUCUCUAGCUCAGGCAGAUAAGUCAAGUAAGAAGCUGAAGGAAGUGACUCACAAGGUUUAUUUUGACAUUGAGAUUGCUGGAAAACCAGCCGGACGCAUUGAGAUUGGUCUUUUUGGGAAUGCAGUCCCUAAAACAGCCGAAAAUUUCCGAGCAUUGUGCACAGGGGAGCAUGGUAUUGGAAAAAGUGGAAAACCUCUUCACUACAAAGGAAGCUCUUUCCACAGAAUUAUUCCCAGCUUUAUGAUCCAAGGAGGUGAUUUUACUCUAGGUGAUGGAAGAGGUGGAGAAUCAAUCUAUGGCGAAAAGUUUGCUGAUGAAAAUUUCAAGAUAAAGCACACUGGUCCAGGGAUUCUUUCUAUGGCCAACUCUGGCAAAAACACCAAUGGGUCUCAGUUCUUCAUCACAACUGUCACAACUAGCUGGCUGGAUGGUCGACAUGUUGUGUUUGGGAAGGUGUUAUCAGGAAUGGAUGUAGUUUACAAAGUUGAAGCUCAAGGCAAUCAGAGUGGUACCCCCAAAAGCAAGGUGGUCAUAGCAGAUAGUGGCGAACUUCCUCUAUAGUUGGUCUACGCAGAAUGAUUUUGUUACCUCUAAAAAUAAUUAUCAUGAUAGAACAUUUCCAUGAUUUUGUUACCUCUAUACGAUGUGUGUUUAUCUCUGUAAUCAAAUAAUUAUCAUGAUAGAACAUUUUCAAGAGUGUUGUUAUUCAUAACAUUGUCUCUAAGCUUAGUUGAAAUACUUUGAAAAGUGAUUUUGAUAUUUAUUAAA